AGGAUGUAGUUAUUCGACAGAUCAGGCUGUAUCAUCAGUUAUUGUGGCGGACUCACAGAGAGAGAACGUUGCUGGCACAAUGCUACUGUUUUCGGUUGUUAUUUUGUGUUUGGCAAACAAUAUUGCUGGCUACACUGCGGGAAAAGCUCCUGUAUUGAACCUCAACGAUGGAUGGAUUAUGCCCACCUUUGGUCUGGGCACGUGGCUCGGUCUAGACCAAAACGGCGGUUUUGCCCAAGUGCAAGACGACUCGGUAGAAAAGGCGGUAGAAGUAGCUAUCGACGCCGGCUACCGACACAUCGACACAGCAGCAUUGUAUAACACCGAACCUCAGGUUGGUCGCGCGAUACAGAAGAAAAUAGACGAGGGAGUCAUUUUGAGGGGUGAUGUUUUCGUUACGACAAAGCUCUGGAACGAUCAACACGCCAAAGAGAAGGUGCCAGAAGCCCUGAAAGCUUCGCUAAAGAAGCUGAACAUGGACUUUGUGGAUUUGUACCUGAUUCACUUCCCCGUUGGAACUUAUGCUAACAACACACCAGACAGUACAGACUACCUGGACACGUGGCGCGCUAUGAUAGAGGCGCGUGCGCAGGGCCUCGCGCACUCCAUCGGCGUGUCCAACUUCAACGCUAAACAGAUUGACAGACUGAUCAACGAGACUGGGGUUGUGCCGUCUGUGCUACAGAUUGAGCUGCACCUCAACCUGCAACAGCCAGAACUGCUCCAAUACUGCAAAGAGCGCGGUAUAACAGUCAUGGGCUACACGCCGUUCGGGGCCCUGUUCCCCAGCAAGGCGGGGCCCGACGCGCCCCCGCCGAGGGUGGACGAUCCGGCCCUGAGCGAUAUAGCUAAGAAGUAUAACAAAACGGUUCCGCAAGUGGUUUUGCGAUAUUUGUUCGAGCUGGGCGCCGUACCAAUCCCAAAGUCGGUGAACCCAAAGAGAAUUGAAGAAAACAUCAACAUAUUUGACUUCAGGCUGUCGAAACACGACAAGGAGACACUAAAACGUUUCGACAAGAAUUACAGAUUGACCGUAAUACCAGAGUGGGCGAACGACCCUAACUAUCCGUUUUAAGUAUUUAAUGUAUUAAAUUAAAUAAUGUGGGAA